UUGAUCACACACACACACACAUCGAGAGUGAGGACGCAAAAAGAGAGAGUUCGGGAGAAAAGCAAAGAAAUCUUCGCCUAGCCUCUCUUCUCACGGUCUGCUGGUUGUUUUCUAUCCCUGAUAUGACCCUGUUCAGCCCAAGAUACACGAGCAUGAGUGGAGAGUUGAAGUCCAGCCGCUCCAGGGCAGCGAGUAAGAGGGCCAGCAACACCACUUACGGAUCAGACUUCGACCUGGAUUAUGACAGCUAUCACGAGGAAUACUAUGACAGGGUGUAUGACUAUCAGCGUGUGCCGGCAUCCCUGUCUCCUUUACCUCUGGGACCCAGUCUGGCCAAGCGAUCCCGUUCCUCCUCCUACUCCUCUGGGCACAGACGCAGUCGAGACAGAACUCACUCCAAAAGCUCCAGAGCCCACUCCACUAGUUCAACCACAGCCAAGUUGGGCAUGGAGGAGUUGCAGGUGAUUAAAAAGGAGCUGACUCUGAUAAAGACACAGAUCGAUGGGCUGCUUGACAGUCUUGACAGGAUGGACACACAGAGGAAUGACCACAAAGGGUCUCCCCUGAGAGAGGACAGUCCAGCUGGCUCCCCAUACGCUCUGUCAGCCAGCAGCCCAGAGCACUCCCUCUCCUCUCUCUCUCCACCCAGCUCCCGCCAUCGAAUCCACAGGGAGAGCCCUGACCUGAGGGAGCCUGAUGAUGACCACCAUACGAUGAGCAAUCACAGCUCUGACCCUGAGGAGGAAAUAUGAGGGAGGAAAAUGAGAAGACGUAAGAGACGUGGAUCAAGUGCCAAACACUGAGGAAGAGAACAACAACCACCAAGCCAACGCUCAUAUCAAAGGCUUCAUUCCCCAGUUGGGUGUACAUGUCAGAUAACACACUACAUGUUUAAUUGUAUCACAGCGGCUUGGUUUCUGUGACUGUACUUUAAAGUCAAACAAAAAGACUGACACAGGUGAUUAAUGCACAUACACAUAAUUAGAUCUGAUUGACAGAAAUUUGUUAGGUUGGCCUGGGAGAAUGAGGAGGAGUGAUCCUGUCUGGACAGUAAUUAUAAAGAACAGCUGGAAGCAGCAGUUUAAUUUAACUUAAAUUUAAUCUAUUCUUGUGUAGAACAUUACAGUAGACAUACAGUAGAAUAGUAUCUGUUCUACUGUAUGAGUGGGUUUGCACAAUAUUGUUGUAUUAAUCCAAAUGAGCUUACCAGUUUAUCAGUUAAACAGGCAGCAUAUACCAGUAUCAAACUACAUAUUACAGUGAUAAUUUAUGUGUAGUCAUGGGGGUUUGCUAGAAGAGUGAAUGUAUUUCUACUGCUUCAACCCCCACGCCCCACCCCCAAAAAAAGUAAUGACAAAGUGAUAUAACAUGAAACAGAAAUUAAAGCAUUUACUCUCUUCUCUUUAAAAUAACACCUUUCUGCUUAUAAAGGACCAUUAAUUAGAUAAAGCACAAACAAUGUAAAACCAGAAAUAUGAAUUAAUUAUGAGCUCUUAUAAACCAAGUAAACAGCUUACUUUCAUAUUACUGUCAGUUUCAGAAUGAGGGUCAAACGGGAAUAUUGUGGGAUUGUACUGUAAAAAAAAAAAUUCCCUCUGUGGCUCUCAAACGGUUUUGACUAGUGAAAGCAAAAGAAAUGUGUUUAUCUCUCAAGAGGGCUUUCUGUUGACACUCAACUCAAUACUUUCUCUUUAUACUUUACUUCUAAGAUAUCAGAAUUCAGCUAUUCAGUAAAAAAAAAAAAAAAUAGUAAUCCUCGAGAGAGUGAAUAAUCACACUGAUCAUUCAGGAGAGAAAAAAAGAGCGUGAUUUCUGUUUCAG